AUGAAUCGUAUCUCACGCUUUGUAAAAUUUGGGGCUACAGUGAAACCUACACCCUUGGAAGAACUCUCAACUGCAGACAUCAACACGAAAGAUCCACGACCUAUUACUCCCAAUAGCGCCGCAGAUGAGCUUGGCCCGCAGCAAAGAAAUGAUGUUGACACACUCUCGAGGAACACUGAUGGAGAGCUCAUGACUGGAGACGAGGAUCAAAACGAGAGUCGGAGGAAGAGGCGACGAACGAACAAAGCUCAAGGCUCGGAACCAAGUAGCUCUGCAAACGCCGGUCUUUCAGCAUGGCUCGGUGUAAACUCCCACGCUCCCACCCCAUCGACCGUCGAUUCUUCAAAUGACGCAGAAAGUACCCAGUCAGCUCCCCAGUCGGAGGCUCCGCCGGCGGAAGCCCCCUCCCCUGAUGUUGUACAAACAUUGCCGACAACAAACGACGAGCCGCCCAAAGUCCCAACUGGUAGAUAUUCGGCACGCCAGAAAAUUCUCAAGUUGAACUCGAAGGGCAAGUUCCUUUCUUCGCCCGGCUCGAGUCCACCACCCGACACGCAAACGAGGGGGAAGAGGAAGCAGGGCAGGCCACCAAAAAGCAACAGAAAGUUGGUUAUAUUGAAGUACAACCUUGAAUCGGAGAAAAAAAUGGGAAAAUUGAUCGACGAUAUCCUGAAAGGGCCUGCCGUUCCAACCAAGCCCGUGUCUACUCCCGUCUCUCAGCCUCGCAAACCGCGACCUCAGCCCCGAAAACCCACCCAUCCUUUCUUCAACAAAACCUCAACGCAAGAUCCGGGCGAUUCAAAACCGGUCGAUGGCCAACCUGACUCUCAGAAGUCAACCUCCAGCACAGAUGGAGCUCCCGACAAAAGCCGCGUGGUACCUGCUUUACAGAGCUCCUUUAUCAGGCCUCCUCGCCGUGUUUCCAAAUUCCCAGAGCUUGUCCAUCCAUUGUGGCCUCCACGAGACUUGGUACACGUCAGAGACACAUGCGGCCCCGCAACAAACAGCGGCUGCGUUUUCCAUGUCUCCCAGGACAGGAAAAAAUCGAAGGUUGCUUCGAUGUCGAUCAGAGAUCAUGAGAAUGUGAUACUCCGUGAAACGGCCGAGGCCAUGAAAAUUGCUCAACGGCCCAGGCAUCAAGGUCAGAAUGGCGUCAAUAUCCUGCGACUUCCUAUGCGUCACGUUGCUAGCAACACCGUUCUACAGACAGCAAUGGAAAGACAGAUGUCGUGGUCCUCACCCAAUCGCCAAUUUCACUGGGGCCCUAACAGCCCACCGUUGGCGAGACUCCGAUCAGCCCUGCUUUCCUCAGCUUCUGCGAUUGAUCUUGGAAAAUACGAGACUCAGCUUUGGACACAAAAGCACGCACCGAAAUCAGCCGACGAUGUGCUUCAAUUAGGACGGGAGCCUCAGAUGCUUCGUGACUGGCUACGUCACCUCAGAGUCACAGCAGUUGAUACUGGAAAACCAUCUAAGGACGGCCCCAAAAGCAAAUCAAAACGCGAGAAGAAACGAAUGAAGCGACAGAAGGCCGACAAACUCGACGGCUUCAUUGUAUCAAGCGAGGACGAGGCUUCGGAGAUGGACAAUAUUUCCGGCUCUGACGAUGAGCUGGCAGGAGAUGUUACGACCUCAAUAUCUCGGACUGUCGUUAGAUCAGGGGACAUGUCCUCAAACUCACACGGUGGAACAAAGCCCCCGAUCUCCAAUGCAAUUUUGAUCAGUGGCCCUUCCGGCUGUGGUAAAACAGCAUCAGUCCAUGCGAUUGCAAAAGAACUCGAUUUUGAGGUCUUCGAGAUCAACGCAGGAACCCGCCGAAAUGCACGAGACAUGUUGGAGCGAGUUGGUGACAUGACCCAAAAUCACCUGGUUCACCUCCUCAAUGAUUCAGAUGGUCUUCCGAGCAGCAAAGCUGCCAGUAAACCAAAUAAGCUGAUGAACUUUUUCAUAGGUUCAUCUGCCAGUACUGAUAAGUCAGGGAAUAAUAAUAGCCCGCAGCCCUCUCAGGGUGAAGCCGAGCCAAAACGGCCCCGGGAGCAGAAGCAAUCAUUAAUACUCCUCGAAGAAGCCGACAUCCUGUUCGAGGAAGAUCGGCAGUUUUGGACGGGUGUUUUUACUCUCAUCAGCCAAUCGAAACGACCAAUAAUCAUCACCUGCAACGACGAAAGCCUGAUCCCCACGCAGGACAUGUCACUCCAUGCUAUACUACGCUACCAAAAACCUUCUCCGGAAUUCUGCAUCGACUAUCUGCUUCUCGUUGCCGCCAACGAGGGCCACAUCUUAAAGAGAGAAGCCGUGACAAGACUCUAUCAAGGAUCAGGACUGGACCUUCGCAAGUCCCUCAUGGAUCUCAACUUUUGGUGCCAAAUGGGCGUUGGCAGCGAAAAGUCGGGCCUGGAUUGGCUUCUCCCUGCGUGGCCACCCGAGUCUAAUGUUGAUCAGAAUGGGGAACGUCUACGGGUUCUGAGUCUCAACACAUAUGAACGAUUUAUGGGAUGGUUCAAUCGGGACUUAUUCCUCUCCCACAGUCCCUUGGAUGCAGAGAUAGAAGCCACUCGCAACAGCUUCCACUGGUGGGGCCUUGGCUUGCGAGAGUCUGAAGACAUGGCCGGGAAGAGCAAUGACGAGCUUCUCCCAGCUGAAACGGUCCGGUCAAGCUCCAAUUUGGAUCGAUUGAACAUGAUGUGCCGCGAAGCGGACUACUAUGACAUGAAAAGCUCGCUUGAUAUUCUUUGCUCCAACUUCGCAACGGAAACCGACAAUGACCUUCUUGACAUAUCUGCACCGCCCUUGCCCGAAGGAUAUCGAUCAAACUAUCUGGAUAACUACCCAGUUUUAGAGACCGGACUCAAGACAGAGUACCCGGGCCUCAGCGAAACCCUCGGCACAACAUUUGCAGCACUCCUCAAUCGGACAUUCCGCUCUAAAGCUGAAGGAGAUGUUGAGAGCGUAUACGCCAACCGAGCCUUGAGCAAGUCGAUCACAACCGCUCAGCCACCACCUGCGCCCCCGUCCACCUUGCCACAGUUCCAGCGCAUCUUUGAGAGCAUCAUGCGCGCCAAUUACUCUUUCCCCACGCCUACCGCCCGACAUGCCCCCUCAUUUGAGAAUGGGCUUGCCCCCAUCACCGAGGACUUGGCUCCAUACAUCCGUGCUAUUAUGGUCUUCGACGGGCGCCUGCACCAAUACCGUAACACGCUGUUCCAGUUGUCGAUGCAGGAGCAUGGAGGAGGCGAGAGGCGAUCGCGCAAUACGCGGGCCAGUCGCGCUGCUCUUGAAGGCGGCGACAAAGCCUCAGUUCGCAAGGAGCGAUGGUUCAGCGUGGACGCACCCUACUAUAAAAUCCAAGCGACGGCCGGGCCCGCAUGGCAGGAGGCUCUCUUUAACAUGGGCCACUUCCAUAUCGGGCCUACCAUUGAGGCAUCACUGCGAGGUGAUUCAACUUCCGGCCACGAAAUGACGGCGUGA